GGAAGCCAGUGUCAACGCUCUCGAUCCCGGGUGCGAUGAAAGGCGCUGGCGCGGGUGGCACAGGCGCCCAGCCUAGCACCUUCGGUGAAGAGGAGGCCGGUAUAGCACUCGUAGGCGUCCACUCCGAGUAUCCACGCUACGGCGACGACAAAGGCAGCAGCGCACAGAAAAGUCCGCCCAGUUAUCUCUCCCGAACCAAACCCAACGUCGGCUACAGAUUAGGCAGACGGAAAGCUUUGUUCGAGAAAAGAAAAAGGAUAUCGGACUACGCGCUAGUCAUGAGCUUACUUGGCAUCAUCGGCAUGAUCAUCGAGAAUGAGCUCUCUUCCUUCAAUGUUUAUGUUAAGACUUCGUUUCCCUCCCACGCGAUCAAGGCCCUCAUCAGUGUCUCGACCGUCAUCCUCUUAGGUCUCAUAUGUGCCUAUCAUGCCUUAGAAGUUCAGCUGUUUAUGAUCGACAAUUGCGCUGACGACUGGCGGAUAGCCAUGACGUGGCAGCGACUGUCACAGAUCUCCACAGAGUUGAUCAUUUGCGCUGUGCAUCCGAUUCCUGGAAACUAUUCCUUCAGAUGGAUCACAAAACUACCGAACAAAGGCGGCUCGAUCGGUGACAAUAUCGUCUCAAUGGACGUGAUCUUGUCGUUACCCAUGUUCCUGAGACUCUACCUCAUCUGCAGAGUCAUGUUAUUACACUCAAAGCUGUUCACUGAUGCGUCGUCACGCAGCAUCGGUGCACUAAACCGCAUCAACUUCAACACGCGUUUUGUGCUCAAGACGCUCAUGACGAUCUGCCCCGGCACUGUCUUGCUUGUGUUUAUGGUCUCUCUGUGGAUGAUUGCUUCGUGGACGCUGCGCCAGUGCGAGAGGUAUCACGAUGAAGAUCAUGAUAACCUCCUUAACGCUAUGUGGCUCAUCGCUGUCACUAUAUUAUGCGUUGGUUACGGUGAUAUUGUACCAAACACGUACUGUGGCCGGAGCCUGGCAGUGGUCUGUGGCAUCAUGGGCGCGGGGUGCACGGCAUUGCUGGUUGCUGUCGUGUCCAGAAAAAUGGAACUUUCUAGAGCCGAGAAACACGUGCAUAACUUCAUGAUGGACACUCAGCUCACUAAAAGGCUCAAAAACUCGGCAGCGAACGUGUUGAGGGAAACUUGGCUCAUCUACAAGCACACAAAGUUGGUUAAGAAGAUCAACCACAGCAGAGUGCGAACCCAUCAGCGCAAGUUUCUUCUCGCCAUCUACGCAUUGCGUAAAGUCAAGAUGGACCAGAGGAAACUGUUGGACAAUGCCAGCACCAUCACCGACAUGGCAAAGAUGCAAAAUAACAUGUACGAGUUGGUGUCUGAUAUGAGCGGCCGUCAGGGUGUACUGGAGGACAGAAUAGCCACGGUGGAGGACAGGUUAUCUCAACUGCAGGACAGUGUAGACAGUUUACCUGACAUCCUCAGCCGCUGCUUGCAAGAAUCGCUUGAACAAAAGCGGCCCCAGAACACCCUUCAUCCUGACAUGGCUGUACGGCAAACCACUCACGGUUCCACCCAACACACGCACACUCUAACGCCGUAUAGUCACCCGUUAACACCACACACACACUCACUGUCUCCCACCCCACUCAUACCUCACCCUCUAACUCCUCCUCGUACCACUCAGCAUUGGUCGCAACAGCUACAACAACAACAGCAACAACAACAGCAACAACAACAACCUACUUCAAUUCCCCCUCCUGUAUAUCCUAGAGCGAGCCUCAGUAACGCCUCUAGUUCCUUCGUAGGCUCUACAGCCUCCUCUACCCUUACUUCGGCGCCUCCUGCAGCUGUGAGCUCGGCUAGUAAUAGUAGUAGUAGUGCUGGUGCUACCACACAGUUAGUUGGUGCUGGUGCUACCACACAGUUAGUUGGUGCCCCUGUGGUGACAUCAACCAGUAAACCUCCCUCACUACCAGCCAGAAGUACUAGCAGUGAUACUUGAGAGAAGUAGAACGAUAAUAGUUUCCUAUUGGAUUAGUUCAUCUCAGAUUUGUUCGAUCGUGCUUAUGUUUAAAUAAUUAAGAUUUUAUUAAUACUAUAUUCAUAAAUAAAU